AUGGAGCAGUUCCCCGACAGGGCGCACGUGCGGCUGCGGAGCGCGGCACACGGGACGUACCUCUACGCCGACGAGGGCGGGAUGGGCGUCUCCCUCAGCCCGCAGCGCGGCUCGCUGAACACGGUCUGGGCGGUGCACCGGGCGGAGCGCAGCAGCAACAGCUACGUCCUCCUCCACAGCGCCGCCUACGGCCGCUACCUCGCGCUCUCCCAGCAGCACUUCGGCCACGCACGCCGUCGAGCCGUACUGCAGUGCCGCUACUACAACAACAUUGCCCAGAAGGACAUCAUGUGGGUGGCUAUCAGGAUGACGGAUUGGGCCAACGACCAGCUCUUCAUCACCAAUCGCCGUUUCGGUGACUUGCGGAUGCGCUGGGUGGUGGAGGCCGUCCCCUCGAGGGGGUUGGCGCCGCUCUUUCCUGACCCUGCCCCAACUCCGUGCUCUGUUCCAUUGCAGCAGAAUCCCAUGCUGUUGCGACGUAUGAUCUUGUACAUGAAAGGGGAUGAAUAUGGGAAUAUUGACUAUGAGAGCACGAACCUCUUAGUCUUUGAGGGCUACUCGGUGUUCCGCCUCAGGGACGAGUUGGCAUCCCUUUUGGAGGAGGAGCACUCUGUCAGAAUUACUAUGUGCGUGUGGGCAGGCUCCCACGGGCGACUGACCCCUCUGGUCGUCGACCUACCUCGCAAUAACCAAACUAUGGAGGUUGUUGUUUUUGAGAGCUGGUCCGGAGCUGCCCAAGGGUUACAAUACCCAAAUGUCGAUGCCCCGUAG